AUACAAGGCCCAUCUAUGGACCAAAGUGCCCAAACCUCUCCUUUCCAGAUAUACAGUUCCUCUGCUUAUCCAUUCCUAGCACCAACUUGUGAAAUUUUCUCCCGUCUUAAGAAUGGAAGCUUCUUCACUUCAAGCGGUAGUUCAGUUUCCACACCUGUUCAAAUCGCCCAGAAUGAGCGUCCCAUGAACACUGGAGCUAGGAAGUUGCAUGGCAAAUUCCCUUCUCUAACAGACACAAGAGUUCCAAGGAGGUUAUUUUUGCAGUUUAUGGGAUACAAUCAUUUGUUAUCAUAUGCUUGUCCUGUUCUUGCUGCCCCGAUGCUGGAAAUGACGGAACCUGAAGUAAUUCGGACACAGAAGCUUGCCAAUGGAGUGAGGUUUCAAGAUGUGGUUGAAGGGGAUGGACCAGAGGCGCAAGAAGGAGAUUUGGUUGAAGUUAAUUAUGUAUGCCGGCGGUCAAAUGGGUAUUUUGUUCAUAGUACUGUGGAUCAAUUCAGUGGAGAAAGCAUGCCUGUUGUACUUCCUCUGGAUGAAAACCAGAUUAUAAAGGGCCUAAAGGAUGUCUUGGUUGGAAUGAAGGUUGGAGGAAAGAGGAGAGCAUUGAUACCUCCUUCAGUGGGAUACAUAAACGAAAACUUAAAACCAAUACCAGAUGAGUUUGGGCCUCGGCGGAGUCUUUUCUCCCAUGCAAAGGAGCCUUUGGUAUUUGAAGUGCAGCUCUUGAAAGUACUAUGAGUUUUUCCAUCCAAAGUUUGCUUUGUAAGAUUUAGAGUGCGUUUAAACGUGAUUUUAGAAAGCGUUUUUAGCAUUUCUAACACUUGAAUUAUAAAAAUUUUAAAGUAUUAGAAAUAUUAAAAACAUUUCCUAGAAUCACUAUCAAACAAACUCUUAAUUUAUCUUCACAUGAUCACAUAACCUUGGAACAUAUUGUACAUUUUCAUGGGUAUGGAUAACUAAUUUUGAUAUUGGUACCAAAUA